CGCGUGGGUGUGUGCGUGGGGCUUUCCACCAGCAGCAGUGCGGAGCCAUGGCGACAGCGAUCCAGGCAGAAAUAUCUAUCAGCAACAUGCACCGUUUGAUUCAGGGCUAAGUCACGAUAAACAGACUGAAGUUAUUUCAACCACGUUGUUAUGUCGUCCCCCAUCUUGUCACCUGUCAGACACCGUUCCUGAGGCGAGACUUGGAUAUGUUGCACCAGAUGGAGUGGGAUUCAUCAGAUGAUGGCUGUGAAGCUUUAAUGGAUAACCCCCCUCACCUGUCCGAAUCUCCUCAGUUGAAGCCCUCCACCACCAACAUCUCGGAACACGAAUUCUCGUGCCACUGUUGCUAUGACAUAUUAGUGAACCCCACCACCUUGACCUGUGGCCAUAACUUUUGCCGCCACUGUCUUGCUCUGUGGUGGGAGUCAUCUCAUAAGAAUGAGUGCCCAGAGUGCCGGGAGAAGUGGGAAGGCUUUCCUAAAAUCAACAUCCUGCUGAGGGAUGCAACUGACAAACUGUUCAGUGAGGUUGUUCAGCGGAGGAGAGAAGAGAUCCAGGCUAACCCCAAAAUUUCCCGCAGCUUGCUGGCCUUCCAGAGGUAUGGUGACAACUUGGGUAGAUCCAGGACAAACCAGCACAAAGGAGCAGGUUUCUUCUUCUCUGGAGUCCUGACUGCACUCUCAUGUGUGGCUGUGAUGGUGCUGGUGUAUCACUGGAGCGGUGGUGUGGUGGAGCAGCAUGACCUGUUGAUCAGUAAACCAGUGUCUCACUGGACGCCGGAGGAAGUCGUGUCCUGGCUGGAACACUUGGGGCCCUGGGCCCAGCUUUACAGAGAACCCUUCCAGCAGGAGAGCGUCAACGGGAGGCUACUGUUGAUGCUGGGAGACGAGGAGCUGUUAAAACCUCCUUACAGCAUUGAAAAUCAGGCUCACAGACGGGCUGUUCUAGCUGAGUUGGACAGAGUUAAAACCCUGGGGGUCAAACCUCCACAGAACCUCUGGGAAUACAAGGCUGCUAAUGCAGGGAAGUCGCUGUUCCUGCUGUACGCACUGAAACGCUCCCCUCGUCUCACACUCUUCUACUUGUAUUUGUUUGACUACUCUGAAACCUUCCUGCCCUUCCUGCACACCUGCUGUCCAGCUAUCACACACAUCGGCCAGACAGUGGAGAGCAGCUUCCUCAACACACAGUUGGAGCCCAGUUGGCGACAGUGGGCAGAGUUUCUUGUCAAGUACCUCCUGCUUCCAUAUCAGCUGAUAGCAGAGUUUGCCUGGGACUGGCUGGCCGUCCACUACUGGACAUCUCGCUUCAUUAUUGUUAACGCCAUGCUGCUGUCAGUGCUGGAGGGCUGUGCCUUGUGGAGACUCUGGACAAGAGCCAGCAUCAGGUCUCUGCCGCGCAAGAUGUGGAACCACUUGUGGAAGGUGUUAUCUCAGGGCUUUGCCUUUGCCCUCCUGUGGCCUUUUGUCCCUCAGUUUGUGUGCAACUGCCUCUUCUACUGGGCUCUCUACUUCAGUCCCAUCAUUAAUAUAGACCUGGUGGUGCAGCAGCUGAUGCACCCGGAAACACAGGCGCCGUAACAAACUGCAUGUAGUCAGCGCCCAGCUAAUGCCGUACAGUUCACAGCAAAUAAAACCGCCAGAAAUCCAGUUGCUGAAGAGGAGACGUGUUUAUUUUCAGCAGUGUACUCACAUGAGACUGGCCUUUUUGCUGUGGAAGGGGAAGUUUUCUCGCUUCCAGUCUCUGCUGGAUGGUUGCCAUGUGGAUCAAGAGGGCCACUGAGCUGUUGUAGGAGACAAAACCAACAAGAUGAGGAACAGUGAAGUAUCUGUUAAGCUAUUGAUUAGGAAAGAUUACUGUAGUGAUCUCUCUGCGUGCACAGUGCAUUCACAAACCACAUUGCCUAAAUGGCUCAGAGGGCAGUUAUGCAAAUGAUAAGUCAUGUUCAGACACUGUUGGUAGUAAAGUCUGGCCUCAUGAGGAGUUUUCUGACAGCUUCAUAGCACCGAGACGACUGUAGUCCAAUUGAAGGUGAGCUUUUUUACGCAUAUACAGACUGAACAUAGAAGCGAACAAGUAUAUAUAAAUUAAUUUUUGACCUCUUUUAUUAAAUGCCUUAAUGGCAUGUUAUCCACAACCAGUUAAAUGACCUCCUACUUUAAAGUUAUCAGUUUGAAUAAAGCAGUGUUCUAGUGGAAUAUAAAUCCUUAUUCUGCAUGAAUUUCAAUCCCUUCUUUAAAUCUUUUUAGUGCAGUUUGCAGUCUGGCUUUGACUGCGAUCCUGGCGCCACAGAGCUGUCUGAAAACUCACUCUAUGAGGUUUGGUAACAUGAUUGUGAAAUGUGUCAAAUGUCGCUGUUUGUAGUUCUGCAGCCAGAUGAGGACAAAAACACAGUCUUUGUGAACAAACAAUGAAGGGCGUCCCUGGAAUUCCAGGCGUUCAUUUCACAAUACGUGUGGCACUUAGAUUUGAAAUGAUACAUAUGUUCUUAAAAAAAAAAAUUGAGACGCUGAUCCAUCCAUCCAUUUUUGUAACCGCUUAUCCUCUUGAGGGUCGCGGGGGGGCUGGAGCCUAUCCCAGCUGACAUUGGGCGAGAGGCAGGGUUCACCCUGGACAGGUCGCCAGACUAUCACAGGACAAAUGCUGAGAUUUUUUCUAAUUUUUAUGAUUUUAAGGAGAAACAGUUUGUAGCAGAUUUUAUUUGCUGUUACUGCCGACAAAUUGUGUUGCACAUUGUUUUUAUUGCUCAAAAAGAUUUUGUUCGCAGUGUAUGUUUCCAUGUGACAGGUAGGGAGGGCUAAUCAAAGACUUUGUUUUUUUACAUUAUUCAUUUGCACUUAAAAGUUUACACUGUGAUUUUGUUCUUUAAUGUUCUAUAAUGACAAAGAAAAAAUAAACAUUUUUAAUAAUA